AUGUCUCCACUUCGGUUGUCAAGCUCUCAGAGUGUCUUCAGGAACUUAUCUCUGAUCGUACUGAGUGGCGCUAUCUGUUUGUUCCUAUGGGCCGCUCUCAGACCCUGCUCUGACAGGAAGACUCUCCGCUCUCCAGACCUCCCUUUGCACUACGCUGCAGACUUGUCGGCCUGCUCAGCCAUCAUCCGAGGAGACACAGAGGGUCUGGAGAAGGAACAGCUCAGCACACUGCUGAAGACCAAGAAGAAGAGCCAGCUGCUGUCGGAGGCAUUCUACCACACCGUGACACGGGACUGCCAGAGAUAUGUCACAGACAGAGAGUUCAUCACCAUGCCUCUCAGCCCGGAGGAGGAAGAGUUCCCCAUUGCAUUCUCCAUGGUCAUCCACGAGAAGAUUGAGAUGUUUGAGAGGCUCCUGCGUGCUCUGUACACUCCUCAGAACGUCUACUGCGUCCACAUCGACCAGAAAUCAUCCGAGGACUUCAAGAGUGCAGUGAGGGCUAUCGUGUCCUGCCUACCAAAUGUGUUUGUGGCCAGUAAGAUAGAGAGCGUGAUCUACGCCUCCUGGUCCAGAGUGCAGGCUGACCUGAACUGUAUGGAGGACCUGCUAAAGUCACCUGUCCAGUGGAGGUACCUUCUCAACACCUGUGGAACCGACUUCCCCAUUAAGACCAACGCUGAGAUGGUUCAGGCCCUCAAACUGCUGAACGGAAAGAACAGCAUGGAGUCAGAGGUCACCAACGACUACAAGAAGGGCAGAUGGCAGUUCCACCACAACGUCACGGACACAGUGGUCAGGACAGCGGUUAAGAAGACCCCUCCACCAAUCAACACCCCCAUGUUCUCUGGCAACGCCUACUUCGUGGUAUCCAGGGCCUUCGUCCGUCACGUGAUGAAGAGUCAGGAGGUCCGGGUCCUGCUGGAGUGGGAGAAGGACACCUAUAGUCCUGACGAACACCUAUGGGCCACUCUGCAGCGGAUGCCUGCUGUCCCAGGCUCCAACCCCCCCAACAGUAAGUACCAGCAGUCAGAUAUGAACUCCAUGGCCAGGGUAGUGAGGUGGAGCUACCAUGCUGGGGAUGUGAGGAGCGGAGCCCCUUACCCACACUGCUCCGGGACCUACAGGAGAGCUGUUUGUGUCUAUGGAGCUGGAGACCUGCAGUGGCUCCUAAACCAACACCACCUUAUCGCUAACAAGUUUGACCCUGAGGUGGAUGAUGUGGCUAUUAGAUGUCUGGAGUCAUACCUGCGCUUCAAAGCAACACACCGUGUAUCAUUAAAGACAGUGGAAUCUGGGAGUAUCGUACCAAAACUAUAA